AUUCAAGCUUAUGUUUUUGUCCUACCAUGCGAGUCUCAAGCGCGCUGGAGCCAGUAUGCUUGCAUCGCCGUUAUGCGCACGAAGAUAAUCAAGCAGACUGGGGGCAAGCGUCGCGUCAAAUCGCGUUCAGGGUGCAAAGCCUGUAAGGCUCGACAUAUCAAAUGCGAUGAGACAGUCCCCGCCUGCCAACAAUGCACCAAACGAAAAGUGCAAUGCCCUGGAUAUGCCCAAACCUUCACCUGGUCAAGCCGACAUGAAAAGUUUGGACAAGGAUGCGAUCGAGGGAGAACAACUUGUUUUAGCGAAUUGUUUGCAGGAGAUGGAUCUCUGAGUUCAACAACGUCGACAAAACGCGCCGGUCAGGAAUGGACCAGCAAGCCUACAACAGAACGAUCGACCGCCUGGCCUACGGAUAUGACAUCGGCGCCACCAGUCUUGGAGUCCAGUGAACAAUCUGUGUCUCGCUAUAAUCCCUGCAUCUACCACCAUCAGAGAGAAGAGGCGAAUCAUACUCCGCUAGAGCUGAAGGACUCUCCGGAACAGAUCAACGACCUGGGUGAUCCGCCUUUGGCGCUAGCGAACGAUGACAACAGCUUGCAGACGUGUCACACGUCACCUCAUCAAGUGUGCUUAGACUUUUGGGAGCCUUCACCGAUCACUGAUCUCCUUCUCUACAGUCCAGCCGCAGAAUUGCACUACUUUGGACAAACAAUCUGCCGCCAUCUCUUCAUCUGCGACACAAUCAACAACCCAAUGCGCAAUGUGACAAUCGCUCAAGUGCGCUGCUCGGCGCUUUAUCACGCGCUAUUGAAGUAUUUGACUGCCGAGUAUCUGAACAAGACCAUCGUCGCCGAUGAUGCGCGGCACGUACUACAAACCGCAAAGACGGACACCUUGUUCCACCUGCAGCGAGUCGGGGUUCAGGAAGCGAGUUGCAAGGCAUCAGAAGAAAUUCUGCUCGCCACCAUGAUGCUUGGUUUAUCAGCCUCCUGGGAUGGUACAAACAACCCGGGCGUACAAUACUACCGUCAGGCUGUGUCAUUGUGCGGUCGAACCAUCGCAAGCAUGUCACGUCACAAGCGAAGAUUCUAUGGAGAGGCGCUAAUGUACUGGUGGUCCGGCCUCGCUUUUGUGACGGACAGGACAAAAGAAGCACUGCCAGAUCCACCGGAGUCAACAUCUUUAAACUGCAUCUUCCAGAGCAGGGGGAUCAGCCUCCAUCCGUUGACAGGUGUCUCGCCGCACUCACAUCACCUCAUGGGUCAAGUCGGCGCCCUGGUCUACACACAAAGGAAGCUUGCCCUCGACUGCUCGUUCCUCAGCAGCACAUCUAUGAAGGCACAAGAGUGUAUGCUCCGCGAGUCGCAGCAGCUUGAGCAAGUACUGCUGUCCUUACAAACACCGGAUUGGGAAGAUGUAGACAUAACCAACGAUGCGGACACUCCGGCGGCCGACUUGUGCAAUAUCGCUGAAGCAUACCGGCUCUGUGCUCUUUUGCUGCUGUAUCGAUGUUUUCCGGACCUAUUGUUUAAUAAGCUGGCACUUGAUGGUGUUCUGGAGCAGAUGGCAGCGGAGCGGUACAUGUCCACGUCUGCACUUCAAGCACUGAAUGUGAUUGAAAAAAACGGUGUCACGUCCAGGACAAGAAGCGUCGAGCAGCUCUUGUUGGUGAUCAUCGCUGGUGAGCUCAGAUUGCCGAACCAGUUGUGUUCGCCCCCCACCUCAGUCGUAGAUCGAGAAAGCGAGCUGCUGUCAGAGCCGAGUAAAACACUGUCCCUGCUUGAAUCUAUCGGCAUGUUUUCAGAAUCGGAACGCAACCUCUUCUCAUCAACUGCUGACGGGUCUGAGUUGCGCGCAACGACGGUGGAAGAUGAGGUGUAUACGGAGACUCAGAUCAUAUUAACGGCCCGCGCGUUAGUAUGUACUCGAAUGAGUGCGGUGCGUAGCAUCCUUCCAUACAGGAGCGUGGAGCAGGCGGAAGAAUUGAUGUGGGAUGUCUGGUUCAAGAGCGACAAUGGUGAAGAAGCAUUCUGGGUGGAUCUCAUGAUUCGCAAUUGCCAGAAAUUUGUUAUGGUGUGAGGG